AUGCACAACCGUCAAGAUACAGCUAGCAAAAAUACCGUGAUCCCUGGAAUGGUUGAAACUGACCUCAGCAGGUGGCAUCUUGAUUCCAGUGAGGAAGGUCGGGUUAAAUGGACCUAUGAUACUUCCAUUGGGAGAGAAAUGGGAGAACAGACGCUUGAGACUAAAUAUUGGCUAUCAAUACAGCAUGAAACACCUCUCUUGCCCGACCCUAAAGGAAAUCCACUGAGCGCGGCAAGGAACGGGUUCAAGUUUCUCAAACGCCUUCAAAGCCCAGAUGGACAUUGGAGUUCUGAGUACGGUGGCCCUCUAUUUCUGACGCCAGGAUUGGUCAUUUCGUGUUACAUUACCAAGACGGCAUUACCCGAGGGAUUCAAACCCGAAUUAUUGCGUUAUCUUCUUCAUCACCAACGCCAAGGAAAUGAUGCUCGUGACCGAGGUUGGGGACUUAAUAUCUCUGAGAAAUCAACCGUACUGGGGAGUUCUCUCAACUAUGUGGCUUGCCGCUUACUGGGCAUGGAUGCCCAGGAGCCUGUGCUUAGACAAGCGCGGAAUACUUUGCACAUACUGGGCGGGGCUUCUUGUAUUCCGACAUGGGGGAAAGUGUGGCUAUCUCUUUUGAAUGUGUAUGACUGGGAAGGAGUAAAUCCGAUGCCACCAGAGAGCUGGCUUUUACCCACUUAUCUGCCCUUUCAUCCAUCGAGGUGGUGGGUUCAUACCCGCCAGGUUUACACUCCAAUGAGCUAUCUGGCGGGUAAAAAAAUUAAAGCGGAAUUGGACCCUCUACUCAAAUCAUUGAGAGCAGAGCUGUAUAUUCAGCCUUAUGAAGCUAUCAAAUGGCCUCAGUGUCGCAUCUCCAUCGCCAAAACAGACUUGCAUUCCGCACAUCAUCCGGCUCUAAAAUGCAUAUUUCCAAUCAUGGCGUAUUGGGAAAAAAUCUGUCCCCAAAGACUAAGAGAAAUGGGUCUGAAUCACGUUUAUCAACUUUGCAGAAUGGAAGAUGAGAAUACGAGUUUCACACAUCUGGGACCAAUCAACAAAAUCUUCAAUCUAAUGGUCUGCUGGGACCGAGAGGGACCUGAAAGUAAGGCAUUUGAAAGACAUCAGCUUGGCUUAAGAGACUAUCUAUGGAUGACAAACAAAGGGAUGUUUAUGAUGGCAACAAAUGGAUCACAGUUGUGGGAUUUAUCGUUCAUCACACAAGCGGUUGUAGAAACUGGGAUAGCUGAUACUGAAGACCAGUCCGUUCAAGAAACAAUUGUGAAAGCCCUUGGUUGGCUUGACCGCUGUCAAAUUAUGGAUAAUCCCAAGUAUCUCCAUGCUUCUCACCGUCACAGGACUCGAGGUGCUUGGCCUUUCAGUACUAAGAAGCAAUCAUACACCGUCAGCGAUUGCACAGCAGAGGCCUUGAAAUCUGUGAUGUUACUCCAACAAGAACUGGUCUACACUCCCAAGUUAGUAACAAUCGAGCGUCUUUACCUGGCAAUUGAAGUCAUCCUAGGACUUCAAAAUUCCGAUGGGGGGUUUGCCUCAUACGAGCUGACACGAGGACCAAAGUGGUUAGAAUGGCUGAAUCCAUCGGAGCUGUUUGCGAAUGCAAUGAUAGAAUAUAGUUACACCGAAUGCACAACUGCCUGUUUAACUGCAAUGAGCAUGUUUUCCAAGUACUAUCCGGAGUUCCGAACUUUCGAAGUAAAUGAGGCUAUCCAAUCAGCAAUAAAAUUUGUCCACUCAACUCAGAGGCAGGAUGGGUCAUGGUACGGAUCCUGGGGAGUUUGCUUCACCUAUGCAACCAUGUUUGGUCUUGAAUCACUCUCCAUCAAUCAAGAAACCUACAAAAAUAGCCCGCGAGCCCAAAAGGCGUGCAACUUCUUGCUAGAACGGCAAAUGAAAGAUGGAGGCUGGAGUGAAAGAUUUGAGUCCUGCGCCCAGAAAGUUUAUAUACAGGGCACAAACUCGCAAGUUGUUCAAACCUCUUGGGCUAUCUUGGGAUUGCUGGCAGCAAAGUAUCCAGAUCAUCGCCCUGUCAAAAGGGCUUUGGUUGAAAAAGAUAGAGCGCAAUAG